UGUUUUGGCCAUUCGAAGAAAAAAAAAUAUCUUGCUCAGCGCAAGUGACAUUUAGGGGAAAUGGUUUCUUGAUCAGCACAAGUGACAUUUAAGGGAAGUGGUUUUGAAGUAACUGCAGUGAUUAUGUUGCUGAUCUCGCUUAGUUUCUGCGGUCAGUAAACGAAAGAACAGAUGCUUUGUGAUUGAAGAAACACAGACGUUUCAGAAAGAAUAGAACGCCUGGAAAUAAAAGUGAAUGCACCAGUAAUUCCAAAAAUGGAAUGGAGACACACUGGGAGGAUCUUGCCUUUUUGGAUUCUAGAAUGAUUUGAGAUCCGACGGUUCUGGGAACGUUGGUGAUUCUCUGCUCUCUUGGUGUUUUCUCUUCUUUUACCUGCCUGGUUGGAGUGUGAAGACGUGGAUGUCAUAUUAUAGUCUAGUCUGAACCACACCCAUCCUGAGGACUGAGACCCUCCUGUCCUGUCCCGUCCAGGUUCCAGGCAACAUGAUGGAGCCCCUGGUGGACCGGCCCGGGCCCCAGAUUGGAAGGUCCUCUCUGGGGGAGAGACUGGCCUCCUGCUGCUCCUACAGAACCCUCCAGGCCUGGCUCCCCAUCCUCACCUGGCUACCCAAGUACAGGCUGAGCUGGCUCCAGAUGGACCUGAUAGCAGGUCUCACCGUGGGACUAACCACCGUACCACAGGCCCUGGCUUAUGCUGAGGUGGCCGGCCUACCUGUACAGUACGGCCUGUACUCAGCCUUCAUGGGUGGGUUCAUCUAUACGGUGCUGGGAACCUCCAAGGAUGUAACCCUGGGUCCUACUGCCAUCAUGUCCCUGCUGUGUGCCUCCUACGUGGGGGGAGACCCGGUCCGAGCCGUCCUCCUCAGCCUGCUCUGUGGAACCAUACAGACCGCCAUGGCUCUACUACGUCUGGGGUUCCUUCUGGACUUCAUCUCCUUUCCGGUGAUCAAAGGCUUCACCUGUGCUGCCGCGGUAACCAUAGGCUUCGGUCAAGUCAAGAAUGUGCUGGGACUGAAGGACAUACCUCAUGAGUUCUUCCUGCAAGUCUACUACACCUUCUACAGGAUACCUGAGACCAGGAUAGGAGACGUGGUUCUAGGUCUGCUGUGUCUGUGUCUGUUGGUGAUGUUGACGUGGAUGAAGAGUACCUUAGAACCCCCGUCAGAACAGGACACCACCCUCACCAGGGCCGCUCACAGUCUGGUCUGGGGCAUCGCUACCGUGCGUAAUGCGUUGGUCGUAGUGGCGGCGUCCUUGGUGGCGUUCUCGUGGAACGCGUUUGGCUCGCCAGUCUUUACCAUCACUGGGAAAACGUCCCAGGGCCUGCCGCCGUUCAGAGCCCCUCCCCUCUCCGAGACCACGCCCAACGGUACCGUCAUCAGCUUCGGAGAGCUCGUAGAUGAUUUUGGAGGAGGGCUGGCUGUCAUCCCCUUCAUGGGACUACUGGAGAGCAUUGCCAUCGCUAAAGCCUUCGCCAGUCAGAAUGACUAUAGGAUCAAUGCAAACCAGGAACUGUUUGCUAUUGGUCUAACCAACAUCAUGGGAUCCUUCGUCUCAGCCUAUCCGGUCACUGGAAGUUUCGGAAGGACUGCAGUGAACUCACAGACAGGGGUGUGUACACCAGCUGGAGGCAUAGUCACUGGUGUGGUGGUGCUGUUGUCCCUGGCCUUCCUGAUGCCAGCAUUCUACUACAUCCCUAAAGCCUCUCUGGCAGCAGUCAUCAUCUGUGCUGUGGCUCCCAUGGUCGACUACCGUGUUGUCAUACAGUUCUGGAGGACACGCAAGCUUGACCUGGUGCCGUUCCUGACCACCUUCCUGUUGAGUUUCUGGGAGGUGCAGUACGGCAUUGUGGGAGGUGUAGUUGUUUCUGGAGUCAUGCUGCUCUACAAUGUAGCCAGGCCUAGCAUAAAGGUGUCUGAUCAUGGUGUUCUGGUGAUGGAGUUAGAUAGUGGUCUCAGUUUCCCCUCCACAGAGUACCUCAACACUGUCAUAUACACUCAGGCACUACAGGCCUCUCCUCCUAGGUCAGUGGUCCUGGACUGUCAUCAUGUCAAUACUGUAGACUAUACAGUAGUCAACGAGCUCAGGGACCUGCUACGACAGUUCAAACUACGGGGGGUUGGACUCAUCUUCUCUGGCCUGCAGUAUUCGGUCUUAGAGGUCCUGUUGGCAGCAGACCUGCCGGGUCUUAGACACACCGCCAGUGUGGAGGCGGCACUAACCAUCCUAUUGGAGCCAACGUACACAGAGGAACUGGAGGAGGGGGAAAUCACUUCUCAGAAGUGAUGUAAGGAAAGAAGCCCCGCCCCCUCAGCACUUGACUUCCUGUUGUUUGUGUUCCAAAUCAAAAUUCCAAAUCCCUUCCAAGCCCCUACCUCAGUGUGUCCCAAUCCUGCGGACCCUAAUGGGGGCACAUUUUUUGUUUUUGCCCUAGCACUCACACACCUGAUUCAACCAAAUGUUUUGAUGAUUAGUUAAAUUAAGCUAAAAACAGAAAAUGUGCACCCCCUUCGGUCCCCCGGACCAGGAUUGAGAAACCCUACCCCCUAGUCACCUGAGUCGAAGUGUGUGGAUAGGUGUAAGCAAUAUGGAGGAAAUAGCACUCAGCCUGUCCAAGGGAGAUAUUACUGGAUGUCUAAUACCUAUCUAAUGUUUUUAUUUGAUUUACAUAGGCGUUAGGGCUAGGGGUCUAUUGGAUAUAGUGUAGGACAUGUCAAAUAUUAUUAGACUAGAGAGAUACUUAAACUAUUGCAACUUUGUUUUUUAAAUGUUCUUCUUAUACAUCUAAAAUAAUAUUAUCAUAUACAUAUUAUUGAUCAAUUAGACUUCGAUCAAUUACAAUUCUUGAUCCCUUUCUAAUGGAACAAUUUCACUUUAUUGGUUGCCUCUAUUGGAUGAGAAGUUUACUGUCUCUUUCUCUCUGUGUGUGUGUGUGUGUGUGUGUGUGUGUGCAUGAGUAUUUACCUGUACGAUCAUGAACAUAGGAAGAAUAUCAUAAAUCACAUUCCAAACAGUUUUUGAUAUGUGAUCAAGUGCCUUGCAUAUGUCCUGCACUUAAUUAAAAAAAAAUUUUUAAAUUUU